UCUGCAAAGAUCAAAAACCUCCCUGACUUUGCUCCACAUUGAACUAACACUCAAUAAGCUAUAUUCAGCUUCGAAAAUGUUGGACAGCCAAGAGGAUGGAUCCAAUGCAGAAGUGCAAAGUGGGGUCACCGCAGUUGACAAAAUGGAACCGGACCCCAAAAUCCAGUGCACCGUUCAGCACUUACAAUCAUCCAAAGGAACUUCUAGUUCGGCAGAACCCCAGACCUUUGAGUUUAUUAAUCAACUAGGUGUUGAAACUUCCUUGGCAACUUCCUCGAAAGAGUCCUUCAAAGUCGACUGCAGCCUGCCUAGCCUACCUCUUGACACCCUUCUGUCACCUUUUAAUAUAAUGGAUCAAUUGCGUAAGCAGAGUGAGGCUAAGGACUUUCUAGACUUUCAGUGUGGUCUUGGGGAUCUUUCCUUAUUUGACAAGUAUGAUCCAUCGUUGUCCACAAAGACAGAGUGCUCUGAAGAGGUCUCGACCCCCGUGCCAUACUUUAUUCCAGAAUUGGAAAUGGCUUGUGCCGAAGUUAAAGUUGACGAAGUUGAAGAAGUCACUCCACCUGAGAUUGAGAAUGCAACUACUGCAGAAAUAAAGAAAUUGGAGAUAUCACCUAUUAAAGAAUCAAUUAUAGCAGGGAAUAAAGAAGCAACUUUGCCUAGGAUCGAAGCACCAAACUGUUCUGUUUUAGAAGAACUAGAUUUACUGAAAGAAGAAAUAAGUUCCCCUAGCAUUGAAGAAGGUACCGAAACAAAAGAGGAAUUCAAAAGCGAAGAAUCGAGUCCUGAAGUUGUUGAAAAACUAAUGGAUCUAAGACCAAAAUCAGUUGGUUUGUUUGCUCCAAAAACUCUGCAGAUAGAAGAAAUGAUUUCUCCAUUGGUUGAAAAAGCCAAGCCUAAAAUGGGUUUCAUUAGUUCCUUGAUAGGAAACAAGUUAACCUUCACACCCAGUGUAAGGCUUUCUUUUGGCGAUAGAGCAUUGAAAAGAAACAAUAUGCAGGAAAUUCGAGCCAAGGAGAUUAUGCAACAGCAGGCAUCCAGAUCUCUAAAGGCACUCAUCCUAAGCUUGACUAUGCUUAAAAAGUUGGAGGCAUCCUACCAUGAUAACUCCCAUCAGAGCAGAUUAAACCGAUUCCAAAGGGUCAGGAGCUCACUGAACUUUUCUAGGGUCUUUAGGCAGAACAUUUUUCAACUCACCUCUGAAGUAGAGGGUAGCAAGAAGGAAAUUAAAGAAAGUUCGCUGGCUUGUGGAGAACCCAUGAUCGAGCAUCCCAGCAUAUAUAAAGAACCGCUCCCUAUACCAUUUGAAAGACUAGAUGCAAGUGAAGGAUUGACUUGCAAUGGCUUGAAUGUGAGUAAAGAUUCCGUUUUUAGUGAUGUUUCCGAAAGCGAUGACUCGGAAGUCCAAAAUAAGUUGUGUGUUAUGCAAUCCUCUGGGGAUGUUCAUGGGUCACCACGAACCAUGACCGAUCUGAAGGACAUUCUGAAUAAAGGCAGGGUAUUGUUCAGCCAGCCGGUGAGGAUUUUCUGUUUCAACAAGUUGAAGGAGUGGAAAUGGCAAGGUAAAUUACCAGGUUCCCAAGAGAGUCCUUACCGCUCCCCCACCUUCUCAGGCGAGGGUCGAAUCGAGAUCCUGGAGCACCAGGGAUUCUAUUAUAUCAUACUCCACGACAAGGUCACCGGAGAACUGAUCAUCUAUAUGCGGGUGGACGAAAGGUGGCGCAUCGACUACAUGACCAACAGUUCCUACAGCUGCCGCUGGACCAACAUCAACUACGCCACCAGCCGCGAGGGCAUCCUGGAGAGGAUCGCCUGCUCCUUCCGAGAACCCAGCCACGCCGCCGAGUUCGUCGCCCGGGUCCGGAAUAGCGCCCUCCAAUCCCGCUUCCACUAGAGUUCUUAUUUUAAACUGCUCAUAUUUCAGAAUUCUAGUUGAGUUCCCAGUGAAUUCCUUGGUGUUUCUUGCGUUCGACGGCGUGUUUCAAGCUGAUGAUAAAUUAUUGUGGAAUCUUUAAAUAUAUUUUGUAAAUAAAGCGGUUAAAUAUUAUAAAUUAAGGCAAAAUAAAGAAAAAA